UGGACCUACGACAAGGCCAAGAUCGACCUGGAGAACAUGGACCGCCAGGUGGACCUCAAGGACUACUGGGAGAGCGGCGAGUGGGCCAUCAUCGACGCCGUGGGCACCUACAACUCCAAGAAGUACGACUGCUGCACGGAGAUCUACCCCGACAUCACCUUCUGCUUCGUCAUCCGCCGCCUGCCGCUCUUCUACACCAUCAACCUCAUCAUCCCCUGCCUGCUCAUCUCCUGCCUCACCGUGCUGGUCUUCUACCUGCCCUCGGACUGCGGCGAGAAGAUCACKCUCUGCAUCUCCGUGCUGCUGUCCCUCACCGUCUUCCUGCUGCUCAUCACCGAGAUCAUCCCGUCCACCUCGCUGGUCAUCCCGCUGAUCGGCGAGUACCUGCUCUUCACCAUGAUCUUCGUCACGCUCUCCAUCAUCAUCACCGUCUUCGUGCUCAACGUGCACCACCGCUCGCCCAGCACCCACACCAUGCCGCGCUGGGUGCGCAGCUUCUUCCUGGAGCUGCUGCCGCGAUGGAUCUUCCUCAAGCGGCCGCCGGCGCUGCCGCCCGCCCAGGGCGCGGGGGGACCCUACGAGCUGCCCCCCGGGGCGCGGCUCAGCGCCUCCCGCUGCUGGCUGGAGACCGACGUGGAUGACCUCAAGUGGGAGGAGGAGGAGGAGGAAGAGGAGGAGGAGGAGGAGGAGGAGAAGAAGGCCUAUCCCGGCCAUGCCGAGGAAUCCCAUGCCCAAGGGACGCAGUUCCGCUACGGCCAGGCCGGGAAGGCGCCCGGGGGCUCGGCAUCGCGUGGAUCGUCCAAGGGGGUGAAGGAAGACUGGAAAUACGUGGCCAUGGUGAUCGACCGCAUCUUCCUGUGGAUGUUCAUCAUCGUCUGCCUGCUGGGCACCGCCGGCCUCUUCCUGCCGCCGUACCUGGCGGGGAUGAUCUGA